AUGGCACGUCAAUCUAAUGCCACGCUGCGGACCAAGACUGGAUGUUUGACCUGCCGCAUGCGACGGAAGAAAUGCAACGAAGUAAGGCCCAAGUGUGAAAAAUGCAUCAAAUCCAACCGAGUGUGUACUUGGCCUGCCGAAGACGAGUUGUUCGACCGGCGACAUAGGCGAACUUCGAGGUCUCCCGCAUCACCGUCGCCGGCUGAGUCGCCAAAAAGCAUCACGGUUGGAAGACGCCUCUCGAGCAGCAGCAAAGACAGCGCAGGCACUGAUGCAUCGCCGUUCUUUGUUUGUCGCGAGAUCUCUUUCAACUCUGACCUCUUCAAUUCGCCCAUGCUCAAAUCCGACCUUGAAGUUGCUUGUUGUCGCCACUUUCUCGAUGGGUUCCUCCCACUACUCAUACUGUCCAAUACGCAUCCAGGCUUCCAGUCCCAGCUGAUUCCGGAGAUGGUGGGAAUGCUUCUGCAAUUUGAGGGCAUGAAAGACGUUGCGCUGGCUUGUGGUGCGUCACGAAUGCAUCUUCUCACCGGAAGUGCGCAAAUGCAUGAGGCCGGACUCAGAUACUAUGCUCGUGCCGUGUCUGAGGUCAAUCGCUCUCUCAGCAAGAUCGACUGGGGUCGAGAUGAUUUCAAUGACGCCCUGCUAGUAGCCAUCAUCCAUUUAUACAUCCACGGGGUCUUCGAUAUUGGGACCAACAAGGACAUCGGCAAGCAUGUCAGGGGAGCAAUCCAGCUCAUGAAACUCCGAUGGACGCAUUCGCGAAGACCUCCUAUGCCACGCCCGAUUCAUCGUAUCAUUUGGGAAAGCAUCCUUUAUCAAGUCUUUCGCCGGACGGUCAACCGGCCAUUUGCCGUAGACUUUCAGCCCGACUUUGAGUUCUGCGCACGGGCACAAGAGACGCUGCAGUCCUUGACAUUUCCGGACGCUUCACCUGCCGACAAUAGCCCCGUGAUAGGUUUCCCUUUGGCGCUCCAAAAGUUGAUUAUUGAGAUUGUCCAAGUCUGCAAAAGCCCAACGAAAGCCGAGCCUGAAUUACUAGAUGUUCUCGGGCGUGAAAUGUCAUUUUGGGAGAAGACAAUCCUAGAAGAGGGUCAUUGCGUCAAGGAAUGUGACUCGUGGUCAGUGGGAACAGCUGCUGAACGAGCCCGUAUCUUCCACCAACACUCGACCAGCUUGCACAUUCUCGCGGCCUCCCUCCUCCUGGACUGGGUAUCCAGAGCACAUGAGGUGUCGGAGACCACAUCUCUGCUUCCACCAGUGGUCGAUACAUGGCAGGUUCGCAGGGGACUGGAGAUCUUGCAGUGUCCACAAGCCAAUGAAGAGUGGUCGAGGUGUUAUCUUGGAUCGUGGCCAACCUUGAUAUUUGGCUAUGCUGUUGACAAGCCCGAGGACAUCGCACUCAUCCGACGUGACUUAAGGCAACGGUUCCACCAGCUGUAUUCAGGGGAGGAGUUGCUUUUCCUGGAGGAGCUGGAGUCAGUCUGGCGUACGCGGGGGGUUUCGUGA